CCCAGGCGCACCCGGAAUUCUUUUCUUCAUCUGCGGUGAAACACCAGACAGGCGGCGAACUCUGGGCUGCGACGCGAACGCACCAGCGAUACCAAUCCUUCCAUCAAAGGAAAGCACUGGCCUGCUUUCUACUCGUCUCCCUGCCGCGUUAACGCGAUGAUCUUCUAGCGUCCCUCGAGCUUCGACUCCUCCCAUUCCUUGAACCACCACCUCCCCCCCCCCCCCCAAACCAAAAAAAAAAGGUCGAACACGCAUUUGUGUCCUUGGACGACUCUUGUCCUCCCGUGCAGUCGCAACAGACAUUCAGUAGUUCGACGACACUACGCAACACAAAUACCCGCUUAUCUUUUGCACAACUCCGGCUAAACGAGGGCGAGAGUGUCGUUACAUUAACUACAUGCUCGGCGAUACAGUCGCGUCACUUUCAUCCCUCAUUUCGAAUCCACCAUGACGCGACGCAUCGUCCGCACAAUAGUGCAAACCUCUACCGCCACCAUCUUCACCCUGAUUGUCAUCUUCUUCCUCGACCGCAACUUCCGCGUGCUGCCCAAUGCCAUACACGAGUACAUGCCGAGCCACCAUGCGGGCACCGUCAUCACCGACGUCACGCUGACCAAGUGCUCGUCCCUCAACCCCUUCUCGUCGUGCAAGCUCGACGCCGCCGCCUGGCACCGCAUCGAGAAGGACUUGUACCUGCGCCGCGCCACGUUCUCGUCGGCCUACCUGCACGUCCAGCGCAAGCGCGAGGAGGAGCUGACGCCCGAGGACAAGGUCGUCGUGGACGUCAGCGUGGGACGGCUGAACCCGGAUGACGUGGCUGCCAAGAGCAGUACGAAUAACAGGAGAGGGAGGAGGACGAGCGCCGUGGAGGCGGCGGCGGCGGCGGCGGCGGCUGCUCCGGAGGCCGGGGAGGCGGGCGGUGAGUAUAGCCACGGGAAGAUCGAGGGGGAGUGGGAACAGAGGCCGGGUGGGAUCUGGAUCAAGCGGAGCAACCGGCGCGGCGUGAGCGAUUCCAAGGAUGCGGUGACCGGCCUGGACGUGCUGUUUGGGGACGAUGCGGUCGAGGCGCGGCCCGGGUGGGAGAUGACGGGGACGGCGAUGCUCUUGGAUGCGGGAUCGGGGAUUCCCGAGGCCCACAUCACGAUCCGGAGGGGCGCCGAACAAGAGCCGCACAAACCGGUGCCGAGGAUCAUGGAGAAUGGGCGGUUCAAGAUCAUGCAACUGGCGGACCUGCACCUGAGUACGGGCGUGGGACAUUGCCGGGACGCCCUGCCCGAGGAUUGGAAUGGCGGGAAGUGCUUGGCGGACCCUAGGACGCUGGACUUCGUAGAGAAGAUCCUGGAGGAGGAGAGGCCGAAUCUGGUGGUGCUCAGCGGAGACCAGGUGAAUGGGGAGACCGCGCCAGAUGCGCAGACGGCCAUCUUCAAGUACGCGCAACUCCUCAUCAAGCACAAGAUCCCGUACGCUUCCAUCUUCGGCAACCACGACGACGAGGGAUCCAUGUCGCGUGCCGCGCAGAUGGAACUCAUCGAACAGCUCCCCUACUCUCUGUCCAAAGCCGGCCCCGCUGACGUUGACGGAGUGGGCAACUACUAUAUCGAGGUGCUGGCCCGCGGCAGCUCGGGUCACUCGGCCAUCACUGUGUACCUUCUCGACUCGCACUCGUACUCGCCCAACGAGCGCAAGUUCAAGGGGUAUGACUGGAUCAAGCAGAGCCAGAUCGACUGGUUCCGCAAUACGGCCCGGAGCCUCAAGAGGAGCCACGAGGAGUACACGCAUCAUCAUAUGGACGUGGCGUUCAUCCAUAUUCCCAUUCCGGAGUACACACUGCCGAACCUGACGCUGGUGGGCGAGUGGAAGGAGCCGAGCACAGCGCCGGCUUAUAAUUCCGGCUUUUACGACGCGCUGGUGGAGGAGGGGAUAUCUAUGGUCAGUUGCGGGCACGACCACGUGAACGAGUACUGCGGCCUGUCCCAGACGGAAGACGAAAAGCCCGCCCUCUGGAUGUGCUACGCCGGGGCGGCCGGGUUCGGCGGCUACGCGGGCUACGGCGGCUUCCACCGCAAGAUCCGCAUCUUCGACUUCAACAUGAACGAGGCGCGCAUCACGACCUGGAAGCGCGUCGAGUACGGGCCGGAUGUGGAUAAGAGGCUCGAGGAACUGAUUCUGGUCGACGCGGGCAAGGUGGUGGCGCCAAUGCGGCAGUAACUCGUCUCCGCGAGUAUUAACUUGAUGGGCGGUGAUAUUGCGUUUUGUAUAUCAAGCUUUACUGUGUUUUGCAUCGGCUACGGGAGGAUACAAAACCUUGGUCUGGAUAUGGAAGCACCGGACAAGGCAUGGCAUGGCAUGGCAUGGCCGGCGUUUUUGGGUUUCUAUGUCGAGUUUUUGUUUUUUGGUGGCUUUGAUGAUUCCUACUUUGUUUGCCUGUCAACUUGAGUGUCCGGUGUGUAUUAUAAUUAUCCGUCAGGUGUUGAAGAAAGUAUAUGCGACUGUCGGUUAUGAAACAUGAG